UCACUGUUUGAAAAGGCGUGAACCUAAAAUGCAAUCGGGGCAGAGGAGAGCAAAGAGCAGAAACGAUAUGGUUUUUUUUUUUCUUAAAGGGAUACGGAUUUCAAAACGUUGAGAGAGCGCGAUCGAAGUGGAACCGGAAGAAGAGAACGAGAAAUUACACAUGUAAGAUAAAAAAUUAAUUGAAUUAUAUAGCCGUUUUGUAUAUAGGCACUCAUCGGAACAUAGUGGGGAUGGUAUACUUAAGAAUUCUCAGGUGACAGGAACUGAACCCUUUAAAAGAGGAUUUUUUUAAGCGAUUUGCAUAACUGGAGUGUUGCUACAAAAGAAAGAACUGGCGAGGAAACUGGAUACAGAAGACGCAAGCUGUGAAACCCCUUUCAUUGAUUUACUCUUCAAACGCUGCAGGUGAACGCGGCAAACUAAGUGCGUUUUUUGACUUAACGAGACUUGGGUGUAGAAAUACAAAACACCACCAAAGUUAUGUACAACUUUUUAUAGGUUACAGAUCACCGGAGUCCGAAAACGAUUCGGGAACAAGACUGAAAGACAAGAACAAAAACAAAACUCGCGAGAAAAUACAACGUUCUACUUUACUCGCGGAAAGCAAGUCACCUAGCUACAGUGGAGAGACAAGACAAAGUACAGAUAAACUAGUCCUUUUAAACAGUUGCAGAAAACAAUUAACAUUAAGAGAAUAACAAAGAAGGAGGUAACAAAACACGGAACAGCUUUAUAAAGAAGCACUGGAUGUGAACUAGUAAGAAAUGGAUCUAAACGGCCAGAUACAAAAACAGUAAAAAAGCUGAGUAACAGUUCGGAAGGACGCACGUAACUUUGUUUUGUCACAGACUCUGUGAGGAAUGCUGCCCGCUGUAAUGAGGAGAUGGCUCUACAGACCGAAGAACCGCAGGGAUAGGGCAACACCUGUGUAAUCAUAUUCCAACCCAGCCGGUCCAAUGACUGCUGAUGAAAACAAAGAGAUGCCCGCACGUCGAGGAUGAGUCUGAGCUUGUUCAGCAUGACAGAAUGAGCUCUUGCAAACACAACACAUCCUUUGAUGAAGUCGGACCAGCGGCCACUGGCUCAGUUCUACCAUGCGGACGAGGAGGUGACGAGGGUCACAGCGGAGCUGAACAGAGUGGACCUCAGGAAGAGCCUGCAGAAAUACCUGGUGCUGCUCAACCAGCUGAGAGUCAGUCAGGACCGCAUGUUGAGGACUAUCGAGCUAGUGAUGGAGGAAUGUAUCCCAGCUGAGAGGCAGAGCCGCGAUUAUCACAUCAAGUUUCCAGAUGAGAUCCUUCACAACAACCUGGGGGUGCAGCUGUGGUUCGCUGCCGAGUGCUUGUCUGCGGGCUCUUUCCUGGAGGUGCGGGAGUCGGAGGGUGUUCUACUACGCCCCCUAGCUGAGGAUCUGCUGCACUGCCUGGAGGUGUUGAGGCUGCUGCUGAGGGAGCACAGCCUGAGUGACUCCCACAGCUACCCGACACUGGUCAGGACGGCCCUGCUCCAGUAUGACCGCGUCUUCUCCGAGUUUGAACUCAGUUACAUUUCCAUGGUGAUCCCUGUGAAGUCAGCAGAGGAGAUGCAGAGGCAGCAGGAGAUUGUGGUCUUGUUCUGUGAGACUGUGGACAGAGCGCUCAAGCUGGGAUACCUGUCACAGGAGCUGAUUGAUGGCUGUGACCCAUUGCUGAUGUUCACAAUCCCUCGACUCGCUAUCAUCUGCGGGCUGCUCAUCUUCCCAGACGGUCCCCUGAAUCUCCAGCACGGGCCCGAGAACAUGUCUGGUCUAUUCAGGCCCUUCUACACUCUACUGCAGAAAAUCAGGGAUCUGCUGUGCAUCCUCACUGACGAGGAGCUCGACACUCUGGAGAUGAACCUGUGCACAGCAGAGUCUGGUGGCUUCCUCUGCCAACAGGAGCGCCCGCUCCCCUCUACUGGCAGUGGAGGGAGCCCUUACCCCAACAAGCUCCCUCCUGCUGAUUAUGACCCAGGCGAGCCUGGGAAGCUGGAGGCUCACUGGGCACACGGGGCCCCUGAGCCACUGCGGGACCUUUAUACCGCCUCCUCUACUGCAGCUACAGCUUCCUCCUCCUCCUCCUCCUCCUCCUCCUCCUCCUCACAGCACAGAGAGGGUGCUGGUUUCUCUCUCAUUUAUCCCACCCAUGAGGCAGCCCCGGAACAUGUUAUCCCACAAAACAGCCAUCCGCACCCAGCUGCCCCUGGCGGGUGGGAUCGGGGAUUCUCUGGAAGCCCUUUUCCAUGUCAGAGCUCAGUAUUGCACCAGUCAGGGUGCCAACAGCUGCAAGCAACAAUAGAGCAUGGGCAUCCUGCUAAGGACUGUCGCACUGCAAUGGGCACUGGGGAGAGGAUCAGGAGUGUCAGUGAAUUACCCAGAUCAGACUGGGACAGAUACUAUCGUUAUUGCUCCACUGUUUACAGUAGAGCUCCUGCCAGGACAGGAGCAGAAGGCAGGGAGAGAGACAGCACGCCCCUUAUGAUGACACACAGCGGGGUUCCUGGACAGCCGCUUCAAACUGCAGAGCCCGGAUAUCCAUGCAGAGACAGCAGCAGGAUGCGGAGUGCGCAGGAAAGCUAUCACGACCUUGCUAAGAUCAGACGUGCUGUUGAGGGAGCCCGGCUGCGGGCACGAUACCCUAGCAGCAGGGACAUGAUCCACAGGCUCUUCGUGUGCAUCUCAGGGGUCGCAGACCCGCUUCAGACAAACUUUGCCAGCGACAUGCGGACAAUUUUGAAGUCUGUGUUCGAGGUGACUGCGUCCAGCGCUGACAAUGCUGAGACCGAUUCCGCAGUGGAGCUGGAGGAGGACAGCUCCGUUUCCAGGCAGCAGGAGUGCGAGUUGUGCGAGGAGCUCGAGGACAGCAAUGCUGCAGUUGUAGGUCCUCCAGUGUGGGUGCCAGAUGAAGCCUGCAAUCGCUGCUCAGCCUGCGAGACUCUGUUCACCCUCCUGCGGAGACGACACCACUGCAGGAGCUGCGGCAAGAUCUUCUGUGCCCGCUGUUCACCCCAUGAGACCCCUAUCCCUCGCUUCGGACAGUUGAGAGCAGUCCGGGUCUGCAGCCACUGCUUUACGUCCCACAUCGGCAGGGAAACCACGCAGCUUUAAUGAAGAAAAGAAAGCAAAUGUUCUGAUAAACCAAACCAUUUAAACUGGGUUUAAACACAAACAAUACUGAAGCAGUCCGCUGCUGAAAUCCAAGCCUGUUUUUACUGGCUUUAUUUUUUUUUUUGUUUACACUGAAAAUGAAAAUACUCGUGUAAAAUAAAAGAACAUAUAUUGUAA